UGGUGGUCCAGACACUGACACGACAGUGUUUUUGUUGUCUCUGGUAGAAAAAGUUCUCAGGUGAUGCUCAGUGUUUAAAAGUCUGACCUCCAUCACCUGCUGUCCAUGAUGAAGGAUUCAGCUCGGGUUUUGUGUGAAAUGUUUGGGAUAUUUUUCAUGGCUGCUGCUUUUCUCACACCACAUGCGUGGGCCCAAGUCAGCAUGCAGAGCAUUGUGGUGGAGGCAAGGAACAUUACAGUUUCCGAGGGGUCAAGGGUCGUUCUGCCAUGUCUUAGCCAAAAAAUUGUGUGGAGGCAAGACGAUCUUCGGGACCGGCAACGCGUGGUGCACUGGGACCUGAAACGCAACCGUCCUGAUUACAAAGUUGAGCGAGUUCUGGACAUGUUCUCAGGAGGGACAGAGCGUGUCUAUAACGCCUACAACAAGGGUCGGGUUACUGUCUCCAAAGAAGCCUUUAGUGACGGCAACUUCUCUCUCACCAUCCACAAUGUUGACAUGAACGAUAAAGGCCUCUAUACUUGCAACCUGCAUCACCAUUACUGCAAGCUCGACCAAUCCAUUCAAAUCCAGUUAAACGUCACUAAGAUACCACGUAAGGAGAAGCGCAUUUGGGAUGGGGAGAAGUCUAUCUUUGUGGUGCUGGAGGGCAGCAGUGUGGUCUUGCCCUGCAUAAACCGAAGCCCUCUUUGGAGGGGAGGGCUCCAAGAGGACCAGCAGCAGGUUGUGCACUGGGACUUUCAGGGUCCGGGGGUGAGGCGUGACCAGGCAAACCGGCUUCUCGAUCUGUACGCCUCUGGAGAGAAGCGGGAGUACGGGCCACUGUACCUCAGCAAGAUGCACAUCUCGGAUGAUGCCUUCAGCAUGGGGGAUUUCUCCCUUGCAAUUAAUGACAUCCAGCCAUCUGAUAAAGGUUUAUACUCCUGCCACCUGCACCACCACUACUGCGGCCUGCACGAGAGACGCAUCUUCCGGGUGAUCGUAGAUCCUCCUGUGCCGCCUGUAGCCGUCCCUACUGAAGUGCCGACCACUCAACCUGCUAAUACUGAAACCACACGCACCCCAGAAGUCAUGGAUAAUGACCCUGAUAUAAACAAGGUGGAAGCCUCGCAUGUCUUUAACGUCAUCCUGCCUGAGAGCAAGACUCAUCUCUUACACCAGGCUGGUUACAUCCUGGCUUUCUUCCUGCUGUUACUGCUCAUGCUCAUAGGAGUCAUCAUGACCACAAGACACUGCAAAAAGAAAGGGAUCGAGUAUGACAUUCGGAGGGCUGACCGGAAUCCCAGGAUGGAAUUUGAAAUGCAAGCUACUGAACUGAGACCCUUCAAUCAUGAAGUUCGACUUGACUACAAGAAUAACAUAAUGAAAGAGAGGUUGGAGAUGAACAACUAUUGUGCCCCGAAAGAGAUCGAUCUCAACAAAGAAAUGGAGAAAUUUUCACAGAAGUAACUGAUGGUAAGCUGCUGGCUGGUCCAGGGCAUGCUCUACGGGAUUCAGGAAAAGUGCAGGCUUACGCAAUGGAGCUUUACUGUACAAUUAACAAGAGACUCUCCAAAUCUAAACACUCAUAUGCUUGUAGUAUGUCUGUUUCUAAUGUAAUGAAUUGCAGUGAUCUGUACAAAAACCAUUUUCCUUGAAGUAAAUGUCAUUUGUCGAGUGUCAUUUAAAGGUCAGUAGUUGUUUGAUGGUAUAACUAUAGUAUGCUGUAAUUCUAAUCUGGUAUAGCAAGUGGAAACAAAUGCAAUGAAAGCAAAAAGGUAAAUCGAUACUGAUGGCAGUUUCACUAAACAGUUUUGCCCUGUUAACCUGAGCUCACCUGAUGGUACCUUCGAGAAGCAAAGCAUUGAAUGCUUUUACUGAAAAUGAAUGAAAUGUGUCCGAGCAAGUCUGAUUAAGGAACACUCAGGAAGUUAAAUACAACCCCAAUUCCAAAAAAGGUGGGACACUGUGUAAAAUGUAAAUAAAAACAGAAUGCAAUGAUUGGCAAAUCUCAUAAACUCGUUUUUUCCCCACAAUGUUAUUAUAUACGCUACCGUUCAAAAGUUUGGGGUCACCCAGACAAUUUUGUGUUUUCCAUGAAAAGUCACACUUUUAUUUACCACCAUAAGUUGUAAAAUGAAUAGAAAAUAUAGUCAAGACAUUUUUCUGCCCAUUUUGAGCAUUUAAUCGACCCCACAAAUGUGAUGCUCCAGAAACUCAAUCUGCUCAAAGGAAGGUCAGUUUUAUAGCUUCUCUAAAGAGCUCAACUGUUUUCAGCUGUGCUAACAUGAUUGUACAAGGGUUUUCUAAUCAUCCAUUAGCCUUCUGAGGCAAUGAGCAAACACAUUGUACCAUUAGAACACUGGAGUGAGAGUUGCUGGAAAUGGGCCUCUAUACACCUAUGGAGGGCGGCACGGUGGUGUAGUGGUUAGCGCUGUCGCCUCACAGCAAGAAGGUCCUGGGUUCGAGCCCCGGGGCCGGCGAGGGCCUUUCUGUGCGGAGUUUGCAUGUUCUCCCCGUGUUCGCGUGGGUUUCCUCCGGGUGCUCCGGUUUCCCCCACAGUCCAAAGACAUGCAGGUUAGGUUAACUGGUGACUCUAAAUUGACCGUAGGUGUGAAUGUGAGUAUGAAUUGUUGUCUGUGUCUAUGUGUCAGCCCUGUGAUGACCUGGCGACUUGUCCAGGGUGUACCCCGCCUUUCACCCGUAGUCAGCUGGGAUAGGCUCCAGCUUGCCUGCGACCCUGUAGAACAGGAUAAAGCGGCUAGAGAUAAUGAGAUGAGACACCUAUGGAGAUAUUGCACCAAAAACCAGACAUUUGCAGCUAGAAUAGUCAUUUACCACAUUAGCAAUGUAUAGAGUGUAUUUCUGAUUAGUUUAAAGUGAUCUUCAUUGAAAAGAACAGUGCUUCUCUUUCAAAAAUAAGGACAUUUCAAAGUGACCCCAAACUUUUGAACGGUAGUGUAAAAACAUAUACAACAUAUUAAAUGUUUAAACUGAGACAUUUUACUAUUUCAUGAAAAAUAUUUUUAGCUCAUUUUGAAUUUGAUAGCAGCAACACGUCUUAAAAAAGUUGGGACGGGGCAACAAAAGGCUGGAAAAGUAAGUGGUACUAAAAAGAAACAGCUGGAGGAACAUUUUGUAACUAAUUAGGUUAAUUGGCAACAGGUCAGGAGCAUGAUUGGGUAUAAAAGCGCAUCUUAGAGAGGCUGAGUCUCUCAGAAGUAAAGAUGGGCAGAGGUUCACCAAUCUGCGAAAAACUGCAUCUACAAAUUGUGGAACAAUUUCCGAAUAAUGUUCCUCAAUGUAAAAUUGCAAAGACUUUGAAUAGCUCAUCAUCAACAGUACAUAAUAUAAUCAAAAGAUUCCGAGAAUCUGGAGAAAUCUCUGUGUGCAAGGGACAAGGCUGAAAAUCAAUAUCGGAUGCCUGUGAUCUUCUGGCCCUCAGGCAGCACUGUAUUAAAAAUAAAUAAAUAAAUCGGGCAUGAUUCUGUCAUGGAAAUCAUUGCAUCGGCUCAGGAACACUUCCAGAAAUCAUUGUCUGUGAACACAGUUUGCCGUUCAAGCGCUAUCGUGCAAAGAAGAAGCCAUAUGUGAACAUGAUCCAGAAAUGCCACCGUUUUUUCUGGGCCAAAGCUCAAUUAAAAUGGACUGAGGCAAAGUGGAAAACUGUUCUGUGGUCAGACAAAUUGAAAUUUGAAAUUCUUUUUGGAAACCAUGGACACCGUGCCCACCGGACUAAAGAGGGGAGGGACCAUCCGGCUUGUUCUCAGCACUCAGUUCAAAAGCCUAUAUCUCUGAUGGUAUGGUGGUGCAUUAGUGCCUAUGGCAUAGGCAGCUUGCACAUCUGGCAAUGCUGUAAGGUAUAUACAAGUUUUAGAGCAACAUAUGCUCCCAUCCAGACGAUGUCUUUUUCCGGGAAGGCCUUGCAUAGUUCAGCAAGACAAUGCUAAACCACAUACUGCAUCUAUUACAACAGCAUGGCUUUGUAGUAGAAGAGUACAUGUGCUGAACUGGCCUGCCUGCAGUCCAGACCUUUCACCAAUUGAAAACAUUUGGCACAUCACGGGGCGGCACGGUGGUGUAGUGGCUAGCACUGUCUCCUCACAGCAAGAAGGUUCUGGGUUCGAGCCCAGUGGCCGAAGGGGCCUUUCUGUGUGGAGUUUGCAUGUUCUCCCUGUGUCUGCAUGGGUUUCCUCCGGGUGCUCCGGUUUCCCCCACAGUCCAAAGACAUGCAGGUUAGGCUAAUAAAUUGACCAUAGGUGUGAAUGUGAAGAUGUGUGAAUGGUUGUUUGUCUGUAUGUGUCAGCCCUGCGAUGAUCUGGCGGCUUGUCCAGGGUGUACCCCGUCUCUCGCCCAUAGUCAGCUGGGAUAGGCUCCAGUUUCCCCGCGACCCUCCACAGGAUAAGCGGUUACGGAUAAUGGAUGGAUGCAUGGAUGGAUGGCGCAUCACAAAAUGAAAAACAUGACAAAGAAGACCCAGGACUGUUGAGCAGCUAAAAUCCUGUAUCAGGCAAGAACAGGGCAAUAUUCCUCUCCCAAAACUCCAGCAGCUGGUCUCCUCAGUUCCCAGAUGUUUACGGACUGUUGUUAAAAGAAGUGGGGAUGCUACACAGUGGUAAACAUGGCCCUGUCCCAACUUUUUUUUUAGAUGUGUUGCUGCCAUCAAAUUCAAAAUUACCUUGUUUUUUUUCCUAAAAUGGUACAUUUUCUCAGUUUAAGCAUUUGAUAUGUUGUCUAUGUUCUAUUAGGAAAAAUAUAUAUAUGUUAUUUACCAGCUGGGAGGUCUGUAUCGUGAAAUACCGUGACCGAGGUCUUGAAAGUACUGAGCGAGGCCCUCUGGGCUGAGGUCAGUAUUCAAGGCCGAGGUCACAGUAUUUCACCAUACGGCCCGACCUUAAGCUGGUAAAUAAUAUAUUUAUUUUUUUCUUUACCAAAUUCUAACAGAAAACGAGAGCGCCCGAAAGGGAAAACUGAGCCAAGCCGCCAUUUUGAAUCCUCAUUCACGGCUGUAAUGCAAAUGGCUUCCUCCUUGGUAUACAAGUGCACUUCCAUGGCAGGAAAAAAACUACAUUUUGCCGCCUAUGUAGUCCCCUAUUUAUACAAAAUUGAGUCAUUCAGGAUUCAGCCAUGUUUUUGCUCGGUGUUAACAAGUUAGAGAUUUUUAGCUUUCUCCUGAAAUGUUUUCUUUUAUUUCUUCUUCCUCAGGGUAGUAAAACUCGCUUUCGCUGUGAACACUGUCGUUAUCGCUAUCCAUGCUGUAAAAUUAAUGCUAUUCUCCUGAGAAAUGCUGGCAAAAAUUUAUAAGAUUUUUGAUAAUCUUAUCAAUAAAUCUUAUUAAAAAAAAAGAUGAAUGUUGACAAAAAAAUGCUACUAUGUUUGUUGCUGUGAAUGAGCGAGUCGCCAGAGGUCCAUAACCGGGGUCAGUACCGUAGGAUACAGACCUGCUUGCCAGCCAAUCAGAGCGCAGGAUUUGAUGGAAACCGCAUCGCGAAAAAAAUAAAUUAGUUUAUGAGAUUUGCAAAUUCUGUUUUUAUUUACAUUUUACCCAGCGUCCCAACUUUUUUGGAAUUGGGGUUGUAUUUGUGGUUCCAGGGCUAUAAACCACAAAAUUAUGUACUUAUGUAAGUGGUAUGAACUUGUCAUGUCUCCUUCAUGUAUGUACAUAAAUAUUCUGUCUACUUUUUAGUGCUAUUUUCCAAGCUUUUUAGUAGUCCAUCUUUAUUUUUUACUGUUUAUGCGCGCAGCACUAUGCAAUUUUAUUAUCCUGCCACAUGAGCUACACAAACAGAGAGAAUUGUCGUCAUUCUAUUUUAUAAUCAGGCCUAGAAACGUGCAUUAUGCAGACCUGAGAAAGCUAUGUAUAUUUAGUUUGCAUUUAUUACAGUUAUUUUCUCUUAGUAUGGCCCAAGUUUGCAAAUCCGAUGAUCUCCUACGACGCUGAUCUCUAUGACUCAGUUUUGGGCUUUUGAGAAACAACACGCUGACUCAUAAGAUCUUAGGUGACAUUACAGCUUUAUUACGCAGUGCUUUUAGGAAACAGCGUUGAAACUGAAAUGGCUGCAAAGAGGCAGAGCAAAUUCUACUGGUAUGAAGAGCUUUGUACAAAAAACAUGGCAUUCGAAUUUAAUAAACUACAUUUUUUGAAGGAA